AUGCCGCCGAAGAAGCAGAGCGGAGGCUCCUCCUCCAGUAAGGUGAAGGACGACAAGACUUUUGGAAUGAAGAACAAAAACAAAUCAGCAAAGGUACAAAAGCAAAUCGCCACGAUCGAGAAGCAGCAGGCGCAGGCGGGCAAGUCGCGCGCGGCGCUCGAUAAGGAGAGGGAGAAGGCGCUACGUGAGAAGGAGAAGUUCGAGGAGGAGAAGCGCAAGAAGGAGGAGGCUGCCCUUUUCAAGCCCGCGCAGACGCAGAAGGUGCCGUUUGGCGUCGACCCGAAGACGGUGCUAUGUGCAUUCUACAAGGCGGGCCAUUGCGACAAGGGGAACAAGUGCAAGUUUAGCCAUGAUCUCAAUGUGGGAAGGAAGGUGGAGAAGAAGAACUUGUAUGAGGAUACUCGGGAGGAGAAGCUGCAAGAUACGAUGGACCAGUGGGACGAGGAGAAGCUGCGCAGUGUUGUUAUGUCUAAGCAUGGCAACCCACGGACGACUACAGAUAUCGUUUGCAAGUUCUUCAUCCAAGCCAUCGAGAGCGAGAAGUUCGGGUGGUUCUGGGAAUGUCCAAACGGCGAGAACUGUCAAUACCGGCACGCACUACCACCAGGCUUCAUGCUCAAGUCUCAGCGGAAGGCCGCGGAGGACGCUGAGAAGGCGAACACCAUCAGCUUGGAGGAGUUCUUGGAGGUCGAGCGGCACAAACUCGGCGCAAAUUUGACGCCUGUGACACCGGAGUCGUUCGCGAAGUGGAAGCGGACACGUAUGGACAAGAAACAGGCGGAGGAGGAGGCACUUCGCAAGGCGAAGGACACGCAGGCGGCGGCAGGGAAGAACAGUGGUAUGAGCGGGAGGGACCUGUUCACUUACAACCCAGAGUGGUUCGAAGACGAGGAGGACGGAGAUGAAGAUGAUUGGGACUUGUCCAAGUACCGUCGGAAUGAGUGGGACGGGGAGCGGGAAGUCGAGGAGGACAUGCAAAACCUGGACGUCAGAGACGGCGGGGAGUCGCCGCGAGGCAGCGACGACUAA